UUACGCACUUCUGAACUCCAGUAUGGGUACGUGGUAGGUAAAGCAGUGUUCUUUCCCCCGUAAGUAGUAGUUAGAGUUUAUCUUAAAGAAGCUGAUCGGUAUGAAAGAGACACACGGGACUGGAAGCAUGCUCCCUCGUCGGCAGGACUACGGGAUGAACCGGGGCGCAGCGGCUCGGAGCGGCUCCCUUCUAAAGUUUCGGAGCGCGGUGAGUUCCCUCUCGGUGCGCCGCAGCUCCGCCGUGCUGCCGUCUGUGCUAACGUUCCUGGUGAUCGUAGCAUCCGGAGGCCUGCUGCUCAUGAUCGAGAAAGGAAUGCUGAACAGCAUGGAGACGCCUUCACCUCGGGGGGACCGCAGGCGACUGGACUUCAUCCGGGAGGCGGGGAAGCGCAGCGCCGACGAGGUGGAAGCGGAGUGGCAGAUCCUCCACGAGAUCCGUAACCGCACCAUCAGGACCAUGUGCAGCCAGAAGAACAUGCCCCACAGCGUCUGGUCCCUGAGCCCCCCGCAGAGGAAGAUUGUGCUGCAGCACAUCCUGGUGAACGACGAGUACCGCUUCCUCUACUGCUACGUCCCCAAGGUGGCCUGCUCCAACUGGAAGAGGGUCCUGAAGGUCCUGAGCGGCACCCUGGAGAGCGUCGACGUCAACAUCAAGAUGGACCACCACAGCGACCUGCUAUUUCUGUCCAGCCUGAAGCCCGAGGAGAUCAGCUACCGACUCAAACACUAUUUCAAGUUCAUGUUUGUGCGGGAGCCAAUGGAGCGGCUGCUUUCUGCAUACAGGAACAAGUUUGGGGAGAUCGAGUCCUACCAGAAGAAGUACGGGGUGGAGAUAAUAAAGCGGUACAGAAAGGGCCACGCUAAGGACUCGUCUAUCACAGGAGAUGAUGUGACCUUUGCAGAGUUCGUCCGUUACUUGCUGGAUGAGGACGUGGAGCGCAUGAAUGACCACUGGAUGCCCAUGUACAACUUGUGCCAACCAUGUGCCGUUUCUUACGAUUUCAUUGGUUCCCAAGAGAACCUCGAAAGUGACGCGGAGUUUGUGCUCCAGCGCAUCGGAGCACCUCCUGAUGUUCACUUCCCAGAGAGGCAAACGUGGUACAAGCCGGUCACCACAGUAACGUUACACUAUUAUUUGUGCAGCUUACCACAGAAGCUACUGAGGGAACUCCUGCCCAAGUACAUUUUAGACUUUUCUCUAUUCACUUAUCCCUUCCCCAACACAACCACUGAACACUGCCAGCAUUAAAUGUGCAAUGUUUUAUAUAAUUCUGAGAUUAUUUUUUAUAGAGAAUCAUUUGUACUAUUUUUAUUCCUAAGGAACAAACGGUAUUUUCAGAGCUGUUACAACUUUUUUUUUUUUUUUAACUGGUGAUGUCUUCAUAUCACCGCAAAAUGCUGAUUAUUGGAAGAGACUUCAAAACCACUAAAGCUUGAAAUCAAAUACAGGAAAAAGUUACUGAUACAUAUGUUGUAUGGACUGUUACAGGAAAUAAUUUGAUGCAGUAUUCGAUUAUGAAAAUGUUAAUAUGGUUGCAAGACCAAACUGUGUGUGCAACUUUUUUGUUCCAGUGCUGUAGACGAUAGAAAAGGUAAAUGUUAAAUGGCUUCAGUGGGCAUUCAGUGGUUUAGCAGGCUAAAACACAAACCAUGUAUUGGGAGGGUUAAAGGUUUCAAAUCCUGCUUGUGUGUUUUGUUUUUUUUUUUUAAUUCUGUCUCCCAUCUUUCCUAUUUCCCAUCUAAUAAAACUGAAAUUCCCAUUUUGUGAUGUA